UGACAAAUCAAGAUCCGAGAUCGCCCGGGACGGCCGCAUCUCUUGCUCCAACACAACCCUUUAGUGAGCUGUGGUAGGAAACGGCCAAGUCAUUCUCUUCUCGCCAUGGCGACUCCGGCUGCCCAGAUUCCAUCCAUUGGCUCGAGUGCUCCCGCGGUCUCCCAGCAGACCACCGAGGCUGCCUCGAAGCCCAAGCCCUGCUGCGUGUGCAAGGACGAAAAAGCCAAGCGCGAUGAGUGCAUGCUCUUCUCGAACGCCGCCGACCCCCAGAAAGAAUGCCAGUCGACAAUAGAACAGUACCGGAGCUGCAUGGCCGGGUUUGGGUUCAAGGUUUGAGGCAGGCCUGCGCGCAUGCCGGAAGAGCGGCGUUGGAUUGCGACGAUAUGAUGUAUAAUAGUUGGCGUUGAGGGAUAGACUUGGCUUGGGACAAAAUGAAACCGUUCUCCUCUACACCAGCAAUGGCCGGCGACAGUCGUCUAAACCGUUGAUAGCAGAGCUCCAUACGCCGAUUCCAGCCUCGUUACGACAGCAACCCACCCAACGCCCAAGCAACAGGGGUAUCAUCAACCAGCAAAGAGAAAGCAACCUCCAGCAAAGCCAACUCCGGCAACCUCGACCCGAGCAAAUAACCACAAACAGGCCCAGCCACCCUUUCUACUCCCCCUUCCCCUUCCCCUUUCCAUCACCAC